AUGGCAGACGAGGAGAAAAUUAGUAAGAAUGAACUUAAGCGCCGUCAGAAGGCGGAGAAGAAGGCUAAAGAAAAGGCAGACAAGGCUGCAGAAAAGGCAAUUGCAAAGGAGACAACAAAAGAAGUAAAGCAACAUGACAAACUUAUUAGCACAGAUGAUGAGGAUAUUGACCCAAAUGAAUAUUUCAAGCUUCGCAGCAAAUCUGUUGCGGCCCUGAAAUCUUCUGAUUGUCAUCCUUACCCUCAUAAGUUUCAUGUCAGUGUGUCUUUAGAAAAAUUCAUUGAAACUUACCAGGGCACAGAACCUGGCACUGUCUUGGAAAAUGAUAUUGUCAGUGUGGCAGGUCGUGUUCAUGCCAAAAGAGUGUCUGGAGCUAAAUUGUUGUUCUAUGACUUGCGUGGUGAAGAUACCAAGAUUCAAGUCAUGGCUAAUGCAAAGUUUUAUUCAAGUGAGGAAGAAUUUUUUGCUGCCAAUGAGAAAUUAAGAAGAGGGGAUAUUGUUGGUGUCAGAGGUCAUCCAGGUAAAACCAAGAAGGGAGAAUUGAGUAUCAUUCCACUGGAAUUGGUUCUGUUGUCACCUUGUCUUCAUCAGCUUCCCCAUCUUUAUUAUGGUGUCAAGAAUCAGGAGACAAGAUAUCGACAGCGGUAUCUGGAUUUGAUUAUAAACAACACAGUUCGACAUAAGUUCAUCACACGCACCAAGAUCAUAAAUUAUAUUCGCAACUUUCUUGAUCAGAAAGGAUUCCUAGAGGUGGAAACACCAAUGAUGAACAUGAUUCCAGGUGGUGCUGCAGCCAAACCCUUCAUCACGCAUCAUAAUGAUUUGAAGUUGGAUUUAUACAUGAGAGUUGCCCCAGAACUUUAUCUAAAGAUGUUGGUUGUGGGUGGACUAGAUCGUGUCUAUGAAAUUGGGCGCCAGUUCCGAAAUGAAGGCAUUGAUUUAACUCACAAUCCUGAAUUCACAACAUGUGAAUUCUACAUGGCUUAUGCAGAUUAUAAAGACUUGAUGAAGAUAACAGAAGACUUAAUGUCAGGUAUGGUAAAGUAUAUUACAGGAGGUUAUAAGAUCACAUACCAUCCAGAUGGCCCUGAGGGAAAGGAAGUUGAAGUAGAUUUCACUCCACCUUUCCGAAAAAUUAAAAUGGUGGAAGAGCUUGAAAAGAUACUUGAAGUGAAGUUUCCUGAUGCGACACAAUUUGGAACAGAAGAAAGCCUCAAAUUUUUUGAUGAUCUCUGUAUAAAGAAGGAUAUUGAAUGUACUCCACCAAGGACCACAGCCAGGUUACUGGACAAGCUGGUUGGAGAAUAUUUGGAAGAACAAUGUGUGAAUCCGGCUUUCAUCAUUGACCAUCCACAAAUAAUGAGUCCCUUAGCUAAAUGGCAUAGAUCAACACCAGGAUUGACAGAAAGAUUUGAAUUGUUUGUAAUGAAAAAAGAAAUCUGUAAUGCUUACACAGAGUUGAAUGACCCUGUUGUUCAACGUGAGCGAUUUUUACAACAAGCCCAGGACAAAGCAGCUGGAGAUGAUGAAGCAAUGUUUGUGGAUGACAACUUCUGUACAGCACUAGAGUAUGGGUUGCCACCGACUGCUGGUUGGGGUAUGGGAAUUGAUAGAGUGGCAAUGUUCCUUACUGAUAGUAAUAACAUCAAGGAGGUACUGUUAUUCCCUGCUAUGAAACCUGAAGAUGGUCAAGCUCCAGCAGAUGCAGUUGAAAAGACACCAGCAGCCUAA